CGCGUCCCGGGCGGUGUCUCAGUGCAGCCAUGUCUGGCGGCGCGAGGCGGCGAGGCGGGCUCGGUCGGCGGCGCCCUCUGUGAGGCGGCGGCGGACGAGCGGCGGCGGCGGGCAUUCAUGUCGGCGGCCAGGGAUUAACGCGGCGGACACCGAGCCGAGCGGAGGGGGCGACCGACCCGUCGCCCCCUUCCCGCGGGGUCUCCGGCGGGAGAGAGCCUGUACCCGGCUGGCGGGGGCGGGGGGACAUGGCUGACCGGAGCGCGCCGAGCUGCCACCUGCGGCUGGAGUGGGUCUACGGUUACCGGGGUCACCAGUGCCGCAACAACCUCUACUACACGGCGGCCAAGGAGAUCGUCUACUUCGUGGCGGGGGUCGGCGUGGUCUACAGCCCCCGGGAGCACCGGCAGAAAUUCUACCUGGGGCACCAAGACGACAUCAUCAGCCUUGCUUUGCAUCCUGAACGUGUGUUGGUGGCAACAGGUCAAGUUGGAAAAGAACCAUAUAUCUGCGUGUGGGACUCGUACACUGUGCAAACUGUAUCUGUUCUGAAAGAUGUUCACACACAUGGUAUUGCUUGCUUGGCUUUUGAUUUAGAUGGUCAGCGUUUGGUCUCAGUUGGUUUGGAUUCGAAAAACACAGUUUGUGUAUGGGACUGGAGAAAAGGAAAAUUGUUAUCAAUGGCUCCUGGUCAUACAGACAGAAUAUUUGAUAUUUCUUGGGAUCUGUACCAGCCAAACAAGCUCGUCAGCUGUGGUGUAAAACACAUCAAGUUCUGGAGCUUGUGUGGCAAUUCAUUGACACCAAAACGUGGUGUUUUUGGCAAAACUGGUGAUCUCCAAACUAUAUUGUGCCUAGCCUGUGCGAGGGAUGAAGUGACGUAUUCUGGUGCACUGAAUGGAGAUAUAUAUGUAUGGAAAGGAAUCAACCUUGUACGGACAAUACAGGGAGCACAUGCUGCAGGAAUUUUCAGCAUGAAUGCAUGUGAAGAGGGGUUUGCCACUGGUGGCAGGGAUGGCUGUGUUCGCUUGUGGGACUUAAAUUUCAAACCAAUUACUGUGAUUGAUCUCAGGGAAACAGAUCAAGGAUAUAAAGGUCUGUCUGUAAGAAGUGUUUGCUGGAGAGGAGACCAUAUACUCGUCGGGACACAAGACAGUGAAAUUUUUGAAAUUGUGGUACAUGAGCGUAAUAAGCCUUUCCUGAUAAUGCAGGGGCACUGUGAAGGAGAGCUGUGGGCUUUGGCUGUCCAUCCUACAAAACCGCUAGCAAUGACUGGAAGUGAUGAUCGAUCAGUCAGAAUUUGGAGUUUAAUAGACCAUGCUCUGAUUGCCCGGUGCAAUAUGGAGGAACCCAUUCGCUGUGCUGCAGUUAGUACUGAUGGCAUCCAUCUCGCUCUUGGAAUGAAGGAUGGCUCUUUCACUGUGCUUCGAGUCAGAGAUAUGACUGAGGUUGUUCAUAUCAAAGACAGGAAAGAAGCUAUUCAUGAACUGAAAUAUUCACCAGAUGGGAAUUUCCUAGCUGUUGGUUCCAAUGACAGCUCUGUGGAUAUAUACGGUGUUGUUCAGCGAUACAAGAAAGUUGGGGAAUGUAUUGGGUCUUUAAGUUUUAUCACCCAUAUGGAUUGGUCGUCAGACAGUAAAUACUUACAGACCAAUGAUGGCAAUGGGAAGAGACUUUUUUACAGGAUGCCAAGUGGAAAAGAAGUAACAAACAAGGAGGAAUUAAAAGGUGUUCAGUGGGCAUCAUGGACCUGUGUUUCUGGCCUUGAAGUUAAUGGAAUCUGGCCCAAAUAUUCAGAUAUAAAUGAUAUAAAUUCUGUGGAUGCAAAUUUUAUUGGGCAAGUUAUGGUUACAGCUGAUGAUUAUGGAAUAGUAAAGCUCUUUCGAUACCCAUGUCUAAGAAAAGGAGCAAAGUUUAAAAAAUAUCUUGGUCAUUCUGCUCAUGUGACAAAUGUCAGAUGGUCACAUGAUCACCAGUGGGUUGUUUCCAUUGGGGGAGCUGAUCAUUCUGUCUUUCAGUGGAAAUUUGUCCCUGACCGGAAGUUGAAGGAUUCUCUUCAUAUAGCACCCCAAGAGAGUCUAGUUGAUUCUAAUAGUGAUGAAUCAGAUUCAGAUCAGUCUGAUGUUCCAGAGCUGGACUCUGAAAUUGAACAGGAGACACAGAUCACCUAUCGUCGACAGGUUUACAAAGAAGAUCUACCUCAACUUAAAGAGCAAUGCAAAGAAAAAAGAAAAAGUGCAGCUUCUAAGAGACGAGAACGAGCUCCAGGGAACAGUAUAAGAUUACAUUUUGUUCAUGGUUACAGAGGUUACGACUGUCGAAGCAAUUUAUUUUAUACUCAGACGGGUGAAAUUGUAUACCAUGUUGCAGCAGUGGGAGUGGUGUACAAUCGACAGCAGAACACCCAACGCUUUUAUCUAGGUCAUGAUGAUGACAUUCUUUGCCUUGCUAUUCAUCCCUUAAAGGACUAUGUGGCAACAGGCCAGGUUGGCCGAGAUUCCUCAAUACACAUUUGGGAUACAGAAACAAUAAAACCACUCUCAGUAUUAAAGGGCUAUCACCAGUACGGUGUUUGUGCUGUUGAUUUUUCAGCGGAUGGAAAACGAUUGGCUUCUGUUGGAAUAGAUGACAAUCACACUAUUGUACUCUGGGAUUGGAAGAAAGGAGAAAAGCUUUCAGCAGUAAGGGGAAGCAAAGAUAAGAUUUUUGUUGUUAAGAUUAAUCCUUAUAUGCCUGAUAAAUUGAUUACAGUUGGAAUUAAACACAUGAAAUUCUGGCGUAGAGCAGGCGGAGGCCUAAUUGGCCGAAAGGGCUGCAUAGGUGCUUUGGGAAGAACUGAUACAAUGAUGUGUGCAGUGUAUGGCUGGACUGAAGAGAUGGCGUUCUCUGGAACUUCCACGGGGGAUGUGUGUAUUUGGAGAGAUGUGUUUCUCAUAAAAACUGUCAAAGCACAUGAUGGUCCUGUGUUCAGCAUGCACGCGCUGGAAAAAGGAUUUGUCACUGGAGGAAAGGAUGGAGUAGUAGCUCUCUGGGACGAUACCUUUGAACGUUGUCUCAAAACCUAUGCCAUCAAAAGGGCUGCUUUGGCCCCUGGGUCUAAAGGUCUCCUCUUAGAAGAUAAUCCUUCUAUACGUGCCAUAUCUUUAGGACAUGGUCAUAUUUUAGUGGGCACAAAGAAUGGUGAAAUAUUGGAGGUGGAUAAAAGUGGACCAAUAACUCUGCUGGUUCAGGGUCACAUGGAGGGGGAAGUUUGGGGUCUAGCUACUCAUCCUCAUUUACCUAUUUGUGCCACUGUAAGCGAUGACAAAACCUUAAGAAUAUGGGAUUUAUCUCCUAGCCAUUGUAUGUUAGCUGUUCGCAAACUGAAGAAGGGAGGUAGAUGUUGCUGCUUUUCUCCUGAUGGAAAAGCAUUAGCCGUUGGUCUCAAUGAUGGAAGUUUUUUGAUAGUUAAUGCAGAUACCCUGGAGGAUCUAGUCUCUUUCCAGCACAGGAAAGAUGUUAUUUCAGAGAUCCGAUUUUCUCCUGGGGCUGGAAAGUACUUAGCUGUGGCAUCCUGUGACAACUUUGUAGAUAUUUACAAUGUAAUGAGCAGUAAACGAGUAGGAAUCUGCAAGGGAGCCUCCAGCUAUAUCACGCAUAUGGACUGGGACAUAAGAGGGAAGCUCUUGCAAGUCAAUACUGGUGCUAAAGAGCAGUUGUUUUUUGAAGCUCCUCGUGGGAAAAAACAGACAAUUCCUAGUUUGGAGGUAGAAAAGAUUGGCUGGGCAUCAUGGACAAGUGUUUUGGGGUCUUGCUGUGAAGGAAUCUGGCCAAUAAUUGGUGAAGUCACAGACGUAACUGCUUCAUGCCUCACUAGUGAUAGUAAAGUAUUAGCCACAGGAGAUGAUUUUGGAUUUGUGAAACUGUUUCGAUACCCUGCUAAAGGAAAGUUUGGAAAAUUUAAGCGGUAUGUUGCUCACAGUACCCAUGUAACAAAUGUCCGUUGGACCUGUGAUGACAGUUUGUUGGUCACUGUUGGAGGAGCAGACACCUCUUUAAUGCUGUGGACUUAUGAGAUGGAAGGACAUCGGGAUAGCAGGCAAUGCGACAGUGAAGAGUCUGAUCUAGAUUCUGAAGAAGAUGGAGGUUAUGACAGUGAUGUGACAAGGGAAAAUGAAAUUAAUUACACCAUCAAAGCCUUAUCAACAAACAUUAGACCAAUGUUUGGAAUUAAGCCUCAUCUGCAACAAAAGGAGCCAACCUUAGAUGAAAGGCAGGGGGUAGUGAGACCACCAGUUAGUAGGGCAUUGCCACAGCCGGAGAAACUUCAGACAAAUAAUGUUGGGAAAAAAAAGAGACCUAUAGAGGACCUAAUUUUGGAGCUGGUAUUUGGGUACCGAGGCAAGGACUGCAGAAACAAUGUGCACUAUUUGAAUGAUGGUGCUGAUGUAAUAUAUCAUACUGCAUCUAUUGGGAUCUUGUAUAACGUGGCAACAGGCUCUCAGUCUUUUUACCAGGAACACAACGAUGAUAUUUUGUGCCUCACUGUAAAUCAGCACCCCAAGUUUACCAACAUAGUGGCAACUGGCCAAGUAGGAGACUCAGCAGAUAUGUCAGCUACAGCUCCUUCUAUUCAUGUGUGGGAUGCAAUGAACAAACAGACGCUGUCGGUACUGCGGUGCUACCAUUCAAAGGGCGUUUGCUCAGUCAGUUUCAGUGCCACUGGCAAACUGCUGCUCUCUGUAGGGCUGGAUCCUGAACAUACCAUUACCAUUUGGAAGUGGCAGGAAGGUGCCAAAAUUGCCAGCCGAGCUGGCCAUAACCAGCGUAUAUUUGUAGCAGAAUUCAGACCAGAUUCGGAUACUCAGUUUGUUUCUGUUGGAGUAAAACACGUGAGGUUCUGGACACUGGCUGGAAGAGCUCUUCUCAGUAAAAAAGGGCUGCUGAGCUCUAUAGAAGAUGCCCGAAUGCAAACGAUGCUAUCUGUAGCUUUUGGAGCGAAUAACUUGACAUUUACAGGUACAAUCAGUGGAGAUGUUUGUGUUUGGAAAGAUCAUGUGUUGAUACGAAUUGUGGCCAAAGCUCACAAUGGACCUGUUUUCACAAUGUAUACCACAUUAAGAGAUGGUUUGAUCGUUACAGGAGGCAAAGAAAGGCCCUCAAAGGAAGGAGGAGCAGUUAAGCUAUGGGAUCAAGAGCUGAAACGAUGUCGUGCCUUCAGACUAGAGACAGGGCAAAUGACGGACUGUGUUCGCUCUGUUUGUAGAGGCAAGGGGAAAAUUCUUGUUGGGACACGAAAUGCCGAAAUAAUUGAAGUUGGAGAGAAGAAUGCUGCAUGUAACAUUCUCAUUAAUGGUCAUAUGGACGGACCAAUCUGGGGCCUAGCAACACAUCCUUCCAGAGAUUUUUUCCUUUCUGCUGCAGAAGAUGGCACAGUAAGACUCUGGGACAUUGCUGAAAAGAAGAUGCUGAACAAAGUCAGCUUAGGACACGCAGCUCGUACUGUUUGUUACAGCCCAGAAGGUGAUAUGGUAGCUAUUGGCAUGAAAAAUGGAGAAUUUAUUAUCUUGCUUGUGAUGUCUCUAAAAAUUUGGGGGAAAAAAAGGGACAGAAGAUCAGCAAUUCAAGAUAUCAGGUUUAGCCCAGAUUCUCGUUACUUAGCAGUCGGUUCCAGUGAGAAUGCAGUGGAUUUUUAUGAUCUGACUUUGGGUCCCACACUAAAUCGAGUCAGCUAUUGCAAAGAUAUCCCAAGUUUUGUGAUCCAGAUGGACUUCUCUGCAGAUAGCUCUUAUCUCCAGGUCUCUACUGGGUCUUACAAAAGGCAAGUCUAUGAAGUGCCUUCAGGAAAACAGCUUGUGGACCAGGCUGUGAUUGACAGAAUAACAUGGGCUACUUGGACAAGUGUUCUAGGGGAUGAAGUAAUUGGAAUCUGGUCCAGACACGCUGAAAAAGCUGAUGUAAACUGUGCCUGUGUCUCUCACUCGGGAAUCAAUCUUGUAACAGGCGAUGAUUUUGGCAUGGUCAAACUGUUUGACUUUCCAUGUCCUGAAAAAUUUGCAAAACACAAACGAUUUUUAGGUCACUCUGCCCACUUAACUAAUAUUCGAUUUACAAGUGGAGAUAGAUACGUGGUCAGUGCUGGAGGGGAUGACUGCAGCUUGUUUGUUUGGAAAUGUGUGCAUAUGCCUCAUUGAGCAAAACAUGGAGACUUGCACAGAGGACACUGCAUGAAGUACCAGGCAUGAAAUACCCAGGACUGAAAUGUGACAUUCUACUGUGCCCUGCAUGCGUAAGAAAUGGUGCUGAUCCAAGACCCAGAGCACUCUGGCUCUGAAAGACAAGUAUCUAGAGUCUGUCAGAGGGAUGGACUGUAACAAAUACGCUGAGGCCGUUAGAUUUGCUUCAGUGUUGGUUAAUCCGGGUUUGUAUUUCACUCACUGCCAGAUGUUGAAAAUGAAAUACGUGGAUAAAAGGAAAAAGUGAAUUGUUAAUCAAUGUACAGUUUCACAGUAAGAUCCUGGGGUUUUAAUCAAGAGAUGUUAUUUGUGACCUAGUGCUGUACAUUGAUCUAUUUUCAGCAUGAAUGUUUCUCCUUUAAGUUUUGAGGUCCGAAUAUCAUCAAAAAGAAAAAAAAGAGUAUACCAUAUUUUAUUACUGAAAGAAACCAUAUAUUAACUCUUAAAUAUAUAGUAUUUUAAUAGAUGUUUAAUUAUUAUAGUGGAAAUUAUAUUUCUAUGACUGGUCAAAAGGAAACAUCAUCUGGUGAAGCAGAAGAUAAGAGAUUUGAUUCCUUUGGACUUAAAUAUUUCUGUAUUUAGAGGCCUGGGUCACAGUCAUGUCUGGUGAAAGCCGUUGGAUAUGCAUGAUCUUCAUGGCUAAUUUAGUGUUUUUGUUGCACUUACUUAAACAUUAAAUUAGUUCUGUGAGCAAAAAUAGAUUUGCUCACUUUGCGAGUGCCUUGCCCACAACCUAAAAGUCUAACUCCAAUUUUUGCCUUGUGAAUAAAAGUAUUCUCAGUGGAAGAGAGAUUAUUGCUGUGUUACUUGACUGGGCUGUUAGCCUCUAUGCUGGAAAUGUGGACUAGCGUGAGGAUUUUAUAGUCUUCGUAACUGAUAAAGCUUGGGAUGUCACCAGUUGCAAAAAUAGAAUUUCAUAGCAAUAUGAAUUGAUUUUAUUUUCUCAGCAUCAUGGGGGGGAUUCAGAGAGAGUAUAAACUUUCCAAUCAUUAUAUUUUGUACAUUUGAACUUUUUAACAGAGUUAGGACUAGCUGGGAGAGGUCUCUACUCAGAUGUCUCUCCUGAUUGUAAAAAAUGUCCAAUUAUAUGCUUCUUUAAAUAGACCUGCUGUCACCUCUAGCAUAAGUGCAUUUAUUCUAUCCUGCAACAUAACUGAGACUCUAAGUUGAGAAAACGUUUCAGUCAUAACAAAAACAUGAACAAAGCUGUGUUUUGGGUACAAGUGAGGAAGAUUUCAUCUGCUGUUUGUCUAAAUCAUGUCAUAGAGAUGCAUUACAGACUGAACCUGGUUUUUUAAUCAGCACAGUUAAUUUUCAUGCAACAUGGAAGGGAAGUCACUAAUUAUCAACGCUACUCUCACAACGACAUUCCGCUGUGAACGUAAAGCUCUUUUUCCCUGUGUAAGCUGGCAUUGCUUUAACAGUGGCAUUUUUGUAGGUCAGUCAGUAGGCUUUGAAAUUAUUCACCUCUUGCAUUCUCUUAUGCCAGAUAAAAGUAAAAAAGAAAUAAACCUCAUCUCUUCUUGUAAGCAUCUUGUGAGCAUGGUGGUCAUAGAGGGAAUGGGAGGGCUUGCAUAGAGAGGAGAAGGGGGAGAAGAGUUAAUGAGCCAGACUUCGUGCUCUCCUAGGUCCAAAAAUGCUUGUUAGGUGCUACACAAAGCUAGUUAGAUAGAUAGAUAUAUUUUAUAUAUCAAGCUAUAACAAAUAUUUAUUUUAAAGAAAUUGAUGAACUAAAUUAUCAGGUUUCUCAGCACGAUGGUUCUUAGCAGUCUUGCCAGUCAUGCAACUGCUGUUCUACAGGAGCAAAAAUUCUGCGGAUUUGGUCUUGAGCAUACAGGGAGAUCUUGCCAGUAAUGUUUUUGACUUUAGGGGAAUUGCACAUGAGAAUUGAGAUUAGACCUGAUCUGUGUCAUAACCUUGUUGCCUGCCUGCCUGUUUUAUAUGAAAAUCAGUUAUCUGGCAUUUAAAUCUUAUCUAUGCCAGGGAAAUCAGUUGCAGUAUGUUAUUCUAUAGCUGUGAUUCUGUCCCUUAUUAAACACAUCUGUGCAGGACUUCUUGACUUGAAGUAAGAUUUGUCCUGUCUCUAUUUUAAAGUUGCCUUUCAUCAGUUAAAGUUAGAUGGCUGCUAAGAGCUCCCUCAUAGUUUGUCCUACUCAGACUGCCAUAUCAAAGUCCAAAUUUUUCUGCCUCUCUGAGUUUUCCCUUCCAAAUCCUAGGCUCAGCGUCCUCCAGCCUCAUGAUCUUAUGUUGGCCUUCACCCAGUGAAGGAGGUAUGUGGACUGUCAAGAGAUUUGUUCCUUGGAUCCCCGUCACUGGUCAUGUCCUCUUCUCCUCCCUCUCCUACCCCCUUCAUUAAUGCUGUGCCUCUCCACUGAUAAUUUGUCCAUUGGUGCUUUUGCCCUGAGGAAUUUCAAGCGCCACGCCAGCGGUGAGGUACCAGUGAGAAGCUGACGGGCGAGUUGCAGCAGGGCUGCCCUCGGCCAUGCUGGGCUGAUAGCUGCAGUGCGAAGGUCUGAGCCUCCACAUCUCCCUGCUGCUUCGCUCCCUUCCAAACCUCGCCACUACUGUCAAGGGCUGGGAUGGGAGCUGGAAGCUGAGGAGCUCUUCAAAACCAAAACUACCAGCCUUGUUCCUCCGGUGGCAGCCAGGACUGGUAGCUAGUGUUUUCCCUGGCAGACCGCUCAGUGGUUUGCCAGGUAAGAUGGGGUCAGCCAGCUGGGAACAGUCGUGAAUGUUGAGGAGAGGAGCAAGUAGAGGCUCAGUUGCAGCUUUCUUCCUGAGGACACUUUGGAGUCUGUUUUGUAGGACAAGCUGCGAUUCUGUGCUGAAGGGAAGAGCUGGCUGUAAGCGUGGUUGAAGGUGGCAGCUUUGUGGGUUUUUUGGUCUUUUUGUCUGUGAUGGUGCUUGUUACUGUGCCUCAUUUGCUGUUUACGUUAAAUGCUACUGUAGUAACUUGCUAAUUGUUGCCACCCGUGCUUGAAGCACAUGUAUACGGGAACAGGCUGCCCAUAUCAGUGGGCAGUGGGAGCUCAUGACUGGUUGCUUGGCAGAAGUCAGAGGAUGGGCUAGGUCAGGGAAGAAUGUGGAGGGACUAGUGACAGCCCUUCGUUUGGAAGCAUCAGAAAGAAGAAAUGUGUGCAGGAGAGCUCUGUCUGAAGUUGGAGAAAGCCUUUUCUGUGAUUAUACAGCACCAAGGAAGGGGAGGCAAAAGAUCUUUGUAUAAUUUGCUUGUUCAUAGUGGGUGAUUUCGUUCUCUAGCUUGAUUGUCUAACUCUUUUUCUGGCUAGCAGCAAACAUACAUCCUUAGGAUCUUUAAAGUCAGCAAUAUUUUUUGUAAUAAAAUAAAUAAACUAGAGAACUGAUUCAAUAAAAGCAAAAUGACAUUUCACUUAAAAAAAUAAAUGUGCCCUUGAAAGCUAUUGAAGGGUGCUUAGAAAAAAAGAGAAUGAGAGAAGGAAAAUCCAGCUCCUAGGAGCAAAGAAAGAUUAGAAGUAAACACGUUUAGAACUGAGAAUUGCCAUAGAGCAGGAACUGAGGAACACAGUUGAGAUUAGGUCAGGGAGAACAAAUUAGCCAAAUUUAUUGAAUCAUUUAGACUUGAAAUCUUUAAUUUUUUUAUUCUUAAGGAGGCCGUCAUCAUAUAUGACUUUCUGAUUUUGAUAGGGAAGGCAAGAGAUGGUAUAAAACUAAAGAUAAAGGAAGAAUUUCAGAAAAUUAAGGCUGCUUUAUCACUUCUUGUUGACUGCUGAAGGAAAGCACACAUUCAGAGUAACUUCUGACUUGGCUCAAUGUCAAGGUUUCAAUAUUAGCAAGACUCAUUUCAGAAUAACUCUGAACUUCAUACAAGUUGGGUUAAUGCUGACCUGGAGUUGUACCAUCAAAAAGCAGACAUGUUGCAGACAAGUUAUCUCCUGGAUCUGGAGACCAGAUCAAAAUAAAGGACUUCAGUACCAAGAGCAGACUGAGAGCAGUCAGGAGUGGCGUAGUUUAAAACUGUGAUCCACUUCUCCCAGGUGCUGCCUAAAUCCCGCUCUGUCACUUGCGAGUUUGCCAGGGCAAACAGUGCCCUUCUUCAGCCAGCCCUGAGCGUCUGCCUGUGCUUUCUGGAUUGCGCCCAGCACUGCUCAAGUCUCCGCUUGCACGUGGAUUUCACUUGAGACCUAUGCACUGGAGUCCCUUGUUGGGGGGACUUGGUAGUAGUGUGACAAGCGAAGGAUCUUGGCUUCAAAUACAAUUCUUACAUGGGCAAGGUGUUUCCCUAUUUUGUUGUCAGCAUCACAGAUGUGACAAGCCUUAAUCUUUAAAGAUUUUUUUUUUUAAUUCUGUUACCAUAAGCUAUAGACAAAUGUCUUUGGACAAAGUGAAUCAUCCCGUGGACUCUACAGAAAGGGAAGUAAGAUUGCAAGUCACAAAAUAAAUUGCCACGUCAGUGAUUUUAACAUCACAAGCUGUAUUGCAUUUGCAUACUCUUGUGUUCCCAUGCUUUUCUUAUGCUUCCUUGCAAUCUGCUCUGCUUUCCUGAAGUUCGUAGCACUACUCAAUUUUUGCUCACAUGUAUUGAUACAUGAGCUUGCCAAAGCCUGCUGUGUGUUCUUGAUACCAGUCACUGUGGUGUGUUUAGACCAAGCCUGUUUCUUUGCUUGUCUCCAGCUUCUGCUCUUCAUUAACUUUGUCUUCAGACUUAAACUCUGCAUAUCUCAUUUCAGAAAAUUAAAAAAAAAAAAUAAUAGUUUUAGGUGUAUAAUAUGCAUACAAGCCACAACAGGUUUCCUUGCCAAAAUCAUUUGUAACUAAAAGUAAGUAGGUGGCUUUGGGGGGUUUUCUCCAGUCUACUUGAUGCUAGGACAGGUAACCACUUGCCAUCCCCUGCUCAGAUUACCAACAGCAUACCAGUCAUAAACUUGAUCUGGGUUUUGUUAACUGUUAUUCUAGCAAUCCAAGCAAUUCACUGUUUCUUUGAGGGGGGGAGAAAAAAUAAUUAGAAAAAAAAAGGCAUGGAACAUGUCUUCUCUUCCCCCACCAGUGUAAAAAAAAAAAAACCCAACAACAAAAAGCGUAAGGUCUGAGCAUGGUGACAAUAGGCAGUUCUCAAAAUUUCCACUGCUUUUUGAAAUUACGGAAUGUAGGAUGGAGGAAACAGUAACAGGAAACCAGUUAAACCCAGAGAAAAGGAGAAAGGAAGGAAAACAAGGAGAAGAGAGGAAGGAAUGCUCAUAAAUAGGUGAAGGCAGGACCAAAGAUCUGACCUGCUGGUGGUGGCUGGGGCAUCCUGCUGCUUUCUGGCAAACCUCUUGUUUCAGAGGGGAAGUGCUGGGGGGAGCCAUAGGGUGCUUCAGGAAGGGCUGCUGGCAGCUCUGUUGGCUUUCUUUUUGGGAAGGUGCAGCUGCUCCUGUUCCCUGCUCUCUUCACUCCCAUACCUAUGGGACAGCUAGUUAGUGCCGAGUAUGGCGGCGAACACAGAUGAACCGCAGCUGAAGCCUACGCGUGGUGGGAACAAAGAAAAAUCCUGUAAAUACAGAAAUGCUACGCAGCACUGAGAGCUCAGGUAGAGGAGUGUAAGGACGUAUUUUAAAAUGCUACUCAUCUUUCCCACAUAAACCAAACAUGGAUUGUUUUAGUAGGCCUCUUCUGAUUUAUCCAUAUUUUACUUUCACGUGCAACUGGGCUUAAAUGCGUUCUUUAAAUAAAAAAAAUUAAACCAAAGAAAUACUGUACUUUAGAGAAAUCCUCAUAACCAAGCUGCAUCAGUUGCUGCCUCUUCCAUUUCUUUCUUAAUGAAACCUUGUUCACCAGUUCUUGGUUCUUUUCCCAGAUGCCCACAAUAUGUGAGAUGAUGGAGAUAAAGCCAUUUGUUCUGCUUGACUCCAGGUGCGAUGGAGAUGGGUAUCUGCAGCGGGCAAUUUAAUCAGACGUGAGCUGAGUUUCUCUUUGGCGGCUCCUUGCCUUAGGCCUCCAAGUAUAGCUAUGGAGAGUCAGGGAAGGUGAAUGUAAGGUAGGCCUAGGAGUACAUACGAGUAGAAAUAAAUCACUAACAUUCUGGAUUUUAUCCCAUAAUAAACUGUUAUAAAAUAAGGAAAUAAUUGACUUAAAGUAAACUUGAUGUAAAAAAAAUUCCAAGGUAGGAGGGGUAUUUAGUUGCAGUCCUCUGCAGGAUUAUAAGCCCUUUUUGGGGGAGGAAAAAAAAGAUUUUCAUGUAUUAUCCUCCAAUUACUCAUUCAUUAGCUUUGGCCAUUACACUUCCCCCCCCCCGCCCCUUGCCACAGGAGCCCUUAACCCAACUCCCCCCUCCCUUGACCCCAAAUAAAUACAAAGGACAAAGCAUUAUGUUGCUGAAAAUGAAUUUUCUCUCAACUUAGUUGCAAAUUCUUGAGACUGGGGGGGUAGGGAUCUUUCCACCCCCAGCAGGUAAAAAAUAGGGUAUUUAUUUAUUCUUCCCAAGAAUCAAAGCAGUUAAAUACCUUUUUCCAGCACAUCACUUGAAAUCUGAAUAGGUGAUGUUGAGCUACGGGGCUGUAAAUGGUACUUCCAGAACUCCGUGGUUUGGUUUUUUUUUUUUUUUUUUUUCAAACACCAGUCACACCAGGACAUGCUCUAUGCUGUAUUCUUUGGGAAUUUAAUACAUAGACUUUCUAAAGAAACUCCACGCAUGAACACAGGCACAAAUUGCAUGAAAAAAAAAAAAUGGUUUUCUGUACGUUUGUGAAAUGUCAGUGCUGUUGGGUAAUACUUUUCACAUUUGUGGUCUAUUUUUCCUUCACUUGCUACUACUUAUCACUGUGUUGUGUUUUUACAUGCAAAAUAGCUUUUUUUUUUUUAAAGCAGUAUCUGGUAAUUGUAAGCUUCGUUUAUGCUUUUUAGUUCAGUUACAGGUAUACAGCGCAUUAUAUUAAGUAACGGAAAAGCUGCAUUACUAAAUUGUGAAGAAAGUUAAUGCAUUUUUAAUGUAAAAUUUCAUAUAAGAAUACACUCAAGACCACAAUGAUCGCUUAAAAUGAUGUAACAAUCUAAGUAAAUGCAUUAGAAUUUUUGCCUUUCAAAAUACGUUCACUUUUAGCUUUGUGGCUUGGUUUAUUCACUUUCUUUUUUAGCAGAGAGAAAGCAGCAGCUUGCCUUAUGCUGAACGUUGUCCAGUAGUUAUACAACAUCAAAGCUGUUGAAAUUCAGCGAUGGAUGUAGCAUGAGGUUUCUGCUGCCCUUAAAAUUAUCUCCUUGUAUCCCACUGAAAAGGGAAAUAGCUUUGUGGUGGCAGCUAUUUCUGCAAGGGGCAGCUAACGAAGGCACUGGAAAACUCUACAGAAAAAUAAUGUAAUUUGGAGUCUUUCAUCGGGAAAUCCAUUUCCGCAUUGCUCCAUACAAUGCAGGAGCCCAUCCUCUCCUCUGCCACUCCCCUGUCAGGUCACCUUAGGGAAAUAUUUUACAGUAGUUCUUUAAGCUUAAAAUCCAGUUGUCUGUUCAGAUUUGUUGUGUUUCAUUAUGGAGUGUCUCAGAUAAUCCCUCUUGCUUUAACAAAAAAAAAAAAAAAAGUAUUUUAAACUAGUCCAAAGGUAUGGUCAUGUAUUACUGUAAUAAGGAUCAUGGGUUUAAGUGUACUCCAUUUUGGUUUCCACCAUGAACCUCUAAUCCCUGUAACAAUGUUGUAUGUUUAUUUAAAAUAUAUCUAUAUAUAUAUAAAAAAAUUAAAUGUCAGAUUUUUGCAUUAAGAUUUUUUUAAAUUUGAAUAUGAACUUUGAGUACUUUAUUUCACAAAAAAAAAAAAUCCUGGAGUGUUAAGUUUGAAGAACUCAAGACUAUAUUUGUCAAAUAUAAGUUUAAAAUAUGUAGCUAACAUUGUU